GAUGGGCAACGGCGGCCUGCGUGUCGUCGCUUGACACCACCACCAGGUACCGUGGUAGAUGCAGUAGCGGCUCGCUCCUUGGUGUGGCCAGUGGCGGCGGCCCGUUAGCCACGACGGCGGCCAACUCCAGCACGCCGCCGGUGGUUCGGCGACUGCCGGCCAUGGCACCCCUGGCCAUCAAAGGCGUAAUGCUGUCGCGCCAGAAGGAGCUACCCAAGCUGCCCGUACCGCCGCUCUCGGAGACGCUGGAGCGCCUGUGGCUCUCGCUGCAGCCCAUACUGAGCGCGGAGCAACUCCAGGCUUCUCGAAAGGCGAUCGACAAAUUGGGGGAACGAGGUGGCGAGGGCGAGUACCUGCACAGGAUGCUGACGUACCGGUACAAGCGUCUGGACAACUGGCUGGACGAGUGGUGGCUGAACACGGCGUACCUGGACGUGCGGACUCCCCUGCCGGUACACUCCAGCCCGGCAGCCAUCUUUCCCCGGCAGACAUUCACUUCGGAAGAGGACUUCCUCCUAUUUGCUGCCAAGUUGACGGCUGCCCUGCUGGAGUUCAAGGACUUAAUCGACAGGCAAGCGCUUCCCCCCGACCUGGCGGGGCACCUGCCGCUGGACAUGACCAUGUACUUCAAGCUCUACUGCAUGCACCGCGUGCCGAAACCCGGGCGUGACGUGCUCGUCUCGUACGCCGACGAGCCCGAUCCGCCGCGCCACAUCGUCGUCAUGCACAACAACCACGUCUUCCAGGUGAACGCGUCCAACGGUCGCAAGCCGUACAAGGAGCGCGACCUGUACCCGCUGCUGGUGUCGGUGGUGAAACAGUCGCGCUCGGUGGCGCCGCCCGUCGGCAUUCUCACCAGCGAGGACAGGGACUCGUGGACCGCUGCCUGCGAGCGACUUCGCGCCGACGACACCAACGCGAAGAGCUUGGAAGCGUUGCAACGCAGCAUACUGGUUCUGUGCCUGGACGAGCCGGCCGGUGAGACGGAACCGUGGGAGGUGCGCUGCCCGCUGCACAUGCUCGUCGGCGGCGGAAAGGCCCAGUGUGCCGGAAACCGCUGGUACGACAAGAUUGUACAGGUAAUCGUCGGUGCCGAGGGUGACGUAGGCCUGGUCAUGGAGCACGCGCCCGUCGACGGCACGGUCGUGGUUCCCAUCAUAGACUACUGCUGCACGUACAUGAAGAAGACGGCAAAGCACAAGCUUGACCCUCCGAGUUGCCCCGACGACAAACCCAUUAAACUGGAGUUCAACCUCAGCAAGGAGAGUCUGGACGACAUCGCCGUUGCCAAGGCCAAAAUGGAGGAGUUGGCACGGGACGUGGACGUCAUCGAUUACCGGUUCGAGGACUACGGCAAGGACUUCAUCAAGUCGUGCCGUAUGAGCCCCGACAGUUUCAUCCAGAUGGCAUUCCAGCUGUCCUUCUUUCGGUUGCACGGCUACAGCCCAGCGACGUACGAGAGCGCGUCGACGCGCAUGUUCCUGUUGGGGCGCACCGAAGCCAUCCGGUCACAGUGCACGGAGAGCGACAUGUUCUGCCGCGAGUACCUCAGCGGAGGGCUAAAUAUGGCCGAGAAGGACGCCAUGCUCAGGAACGCCAUCGCCGCUCACAAGGAAUACGCCUCACGCGCUAUGUACGGCCAAGGAGUGGAUCGAGUGCUGCUCGGUCUCAAAAAAAUCGCGGAGGAAAUGAAGCGACCGCUGCCGGACCUCUACAAGGACCCCGGUUUUCUCAAGAGCGUCACCUUCGAGUUGUCCACCAGCCAGGUAUCGGCACACAACGACAUCCUCAUGACAUUCGGCUACGCGGUGCCCGGAGGCUACGGCAUAUGCUACAGCAACCAGUGCAACCAGUUCCGCUUCAGCAUCUGCACCCGUCACUGCAACAAGGAGACGUCGGCGGUGAAAUUUCGCGACGCGCUGCUGACGACGCUCAAGGAGUUCGGCAACAACCUCGUCACGCUGCAAAAGUCAAAGCUUUACGGCCCAGCGGGGCUGGCUGGCAUCGGUUUCGACAGUCUUGGACGGCAGGCUGUCCUCAGCGCAGGCCUGGAUAGACGAGUCGAACCAGCGAUGGCUGGCCAUGGCCUGGGUGCAGCGCGGAUCGUUGGUCUGGACUGCCUGCACGGCCGGUGGCUGGACAGCGUUGGACUCGUGAUCCGGGAGUUUAUGUAUCUCAUCCCAUUGUUUCUGCUCGUCCACGCUGCCAUCUUUGACCCCCUUUUGGAAAAGCGUUAUGUCGAACGUCAGAAAACAGCCGAGAGCAGACCACGGGAGAGGAAGAAAACUCGAGGAAGUUUAGGAAACGACCAAACCUGUUCAUUGCCAACUGAGAUGAUCAUUCGAGGAUCACUUCUUGCCUGCGCACGCAGAAAAAUGGUGAACGAACUGAGCAAGAAUGUUUCAUUGCGAGCGGCGGCUACGUCAACGGCACAAGUGGGGCCGAUGAUGUCGAGACAGAAAGAUUUGAUGAAGUUGCCGGUGCCGCCGUUGAAAGAAACGCUCCGGAGAUACGUCGAGUCGAUCAAGCCACUUGUUACCCCUGCCCAGUUCGAGAAAACGGUGAAGGCAGUAGAAGAGUUUGGCAAGCCAAAUGGAAUCGGAGAGAAGUUGUACAAAGUUCUCGAAGCCAAAGCAGCAUCUACAGAAAACUGGCUUGCAGAUUGGUGGUUGCAAGGAGCCUACCUCACAUAUAGGAUGCCAGUUGUGGUGUACUCAAACCCUGCAAUGGCACUGCCUAGGCAGACAUUCACGCAGAAAGAAGAUCAACUGAGGCACGCUGCUUUGCUCAUAGCUGGAGCUCUAGACUUCAAAGCGUUGGUGGAACGGGAACAGCUGGCUCCAGAAAUGAUGGGAAAGCAUCCUCUGGACAUGUCGCAGUACCAAAAAAUCUUCAGCACAUGUCGUGUACCAGGUGAUAAGCAGGAUAGCUUGGAAACAUACUUUCUUGGUAACAACCCACCUAAACAUGUGCUCGUCGUGCACAACAAUGAGUUUUUUGCAGUUGAUGUUUAUGAUAGCCAAGGAAAUCCAUAUGAUGAGCACCAAAUUCUUGAGCAACUUCGUCAGGUGGUAAAUAUGUCAGUGAGUGCUGCUGCUGGAGUUGGUGUCCUGACAACUGAGCACAGAGAUAAUUGGGCGAAGGCAUUUGAGCACCUUUGCAAAAAUCCUCGGAAUGUGGAAUCUGUGGAGUCCAUUAAGAAAGCCAUCCUUGUGGUCUGCCUUGAUCAAAAGCUGAAGCAAAAGGAGCCCUAUGAAGUGGCCUGUGCUUAUCAAAUGCUUCUUGGAGGUAGAAAUGGGGAAAACGCUGCAAAUCGCUGGUGUGAUAAAACCGUUCAGUUGAUUGUUGGAGAAGAUGGCUACACAGGGCUGCUUUAUGAGCACAGUCCUUCAGAAGGUCCUCCUGUGGCAGUGCUGGUGGAUCAUUGCUACAAGUACAUUGACAAGAGGUUGGGCAGUCCACCGUCCAGUAGAGCAGCUGACAACAUUCCCAAGAAGCUUGAAUUUGUUGUCUCCCCAGACACCGCAAAAGACAUUGAGACAGCACAUUCUUCACUUUCUAGGCUCACAGCAGACCUAGACCUCUUCAUCUACAAGUUUAAAGGUUAUGGAAAGGAAUUUAUCAAGUCUUGCAAGCUAAGUCCAGACAGCUAUGUCCAGAUGGCAAUGCAGCUUGCAUACUACAAGAUUCACAAGGCACCCGGUGCAACAUAUGAGAGUGCUUCCACACGAAAGUUUAUUCAUGGGCGCACUGAGACUAUUCGCUCAGUUUCGAAUGAAAGUUUGGCUUUCUGCAAGACAUUCGAAAGUAGUCAGGCUAAACUCCCAGAAAAGGUAGAGAGUCUAAGGAAAGCCGUACAAAAUCACAAGGACUACACAAAUCUGGCUGUUAAUGGACAUGGUGUGGAUAGGCUGUUGCUUGGUCUGAAAAUGAUUGCCAUUGAAAAUAAGAUUCCCCUGCCUGAACUGUAUAAAGAUCCAGCAUACAGCAUCAGCACAGAGUUCAAAAUUUCAUCCAGUCAGGUGGCAACGCAGUGUGAUGCAGUCAUGUUCUACGGCCCACUUGUCAAGGAUGGCUAUGGCUGCUGUUAUAACCCACAAGCACACAGUGUCUUGUUUGGCCUGUCAUCCUUCAAUAGUUGUACCACUACAUCCACUGGAAAGUUCAGGGAUGCCCUGGAGGAGAGCUUGACUCAGAUGCAUGAUAGCCUUAGGCUUGCACAGCCAUCAAAGUUGUAGCAAGGGUAGUUAGCAUCAGUAUGUUCUUGUGCAGCUUUGAAGAACACACUUUUGAUACUUGCUCAGGGGUUAGAAAUGCGAUGGAGAAUUGCAUUACAACCAAGUGUUUUUGCGGUGUGUACGUUUUUUAUAGCUUUAAUGGAAUGGCGUAUGAAAAUGUUUCAACGUUGCUAGUGAUGUGUCACAAGAGCUAUUAAGCAAGUUUUAUACCUGUUAUAUAUAAACUGAAAAAAAUGUGUAGCUGGCCAGAGAAGGUCUGGCGGCCAUACGUAUGCCAUGAAGUCAAUCCUUAGUUCAAUAAUGCUGCUUUACGUUUAUAAUUAUUAGCUUAAAAGUGGGUAAUUAUUUUUUACCUAAAUUACUCCACUAUUUUAUAAAUAAAAGCUGGAGUAACAUU